CACCAUCCGUGAUAACCUGUGUACUACAGGUAUAAACACAGUCACCAUCCGUGAUAACCUGUGUACUACAGGUAUAAACACAGUCACCAUCCGUGAUAACAUGUGUACUACAGGUAUAAACACAGUCACCAUCCGUGAUAACCUGUGUACUACAGGUAUAAACAGUUUCAAUCCGCACGAAAUUUAACAUUAAUGUGGUUAAAAACGUGUCAUAUGAAUAGAAACUUAAGAUUGCUAUCCUGGAGUUAAGUUUCCUCCUGUUCCAAUCACAAUGCUUGGGCUACAGACUGUCCAUUGGUAUAGAUAAGCUGCCCCUUUCAGACUGACGAGGAGGGCUUGUUUUAUAGAGAACCACGUACAUUUUAUAUUCUAUAGUGUUUUUGUGGUUUUAUUGUUAUCAGUGCCACAGACUGUUUGCAAUCUCAACAUCUCUAGUCCUUGUAUUGCAAGAACUGUAUAGUGUGAGUCACAAUAAUAUUUAAUAAUAUCUAAUGAUUAUUUUAAUCACAAAUCAUUGUUAAUCACGAAAAUAAUAAUAAUGAUAAAAAAAAUAAUGGGAAAGAAAAAGAUUUUCAGGAAUAUUGACUCAAUUAAAAUCAAACGUGUUGAUUUACCAGGUUUCCAGACACAUGAUAGUUCACCAUAGCUACUCUCAGUGAUUGUUUUUGUGCAGUGCUAACACGGCUUAGUAAUAUUGUACCACAGUGGUAACACGCUUACCUUUUACUUUGGCGGCCGGGGUUCGACUCCUCGAUCGGAUGUGAAGAGGUAUGGGGUCAACUGCCUGGGUUCUCCGGUUUUCUUCCACAGUUAGACCAUAAGCGCGCUUCAAUUCGGGUCAAAAAGCGUGAUUAAUAUAGGUUGAUAUCAUUUGUUUUACAAUUGUUGUAAAAUAAACAAAGUUGACAUUUUUACUUCUAUGGAUCGUCUAGGUUAGGAUAUAACACCGAUGGGAGGUAGCGAUCAGGGGAGUUUUGUGAAAUUGUAAUUUAACUUUGCUGUUAGACGUUAUUGUUUAAUCUACGUUAGGACACAUUUCGAACAAGAUGAAAGGAGUUUUAAGACAAAAUAUUUUUUGAUAUUUUCAUAUUUCUAAACAAUUGAUAAGUUUCGAUUGUUUCUUGACAUUAAGUAUUGAUCGGACAUGUUUUAGACUGUUUGACAAAUUCCAAUACUUAGUUCAGAUAUAUUAUCAUAACUGUGGCAUGGGUAUGGGAUUGAUAGGUUGUGAAUGUAUCUUAUCUUGUAUCCUUCUUGUCUGUGAUGCAAGACAGAACAACACUUUCUACCUGUCUUUACAGACGCGGGAUUGUGCCUCGCCUUCCACACCCUGUCAGUGUAAAGAUUAUCACAGAAUGGCCACGAUAUGCUACCGAGUGGACAUAAGUGCCGAUCUAUUUAUUGUGGAUGUAUCCUCCAAUGAACGGGCAGAUUUCAUUAUACGGGUUUACUACGAUUACUAUGGCGACCGCACUUUAGUUUCAAGAUUGAAAAGGAAACCAGUCUCCUGUCGCCUGUCAAACUUACCAGAGAGAAACUACACUAUAUUGGUUCACACUACGACACGAAAUAACAAGGACGAGUGUUACUGUGGUGGCUUGAUGGACCGCUGGUGUGAUGCUUGUAGUAUCCAAGUCACCAAUGUCAGUUACUCAGAAACCUGGACCGCCUCCUCUAGAACCCAAACCCCGGUGUCCUCGUCGACACUGAUAGUUGCCACUGUACCAGAAAGAGCCCCAAAACAGCACAAAAAAGAAUCGACAACUGACACUACUGAAAAAUCCACUUUUUCUUCUUCGCAUUCAGGCGACCCCCUCCCGACAGUCGUACAACCUUCAGACGAAUCGCCCUAUGCACCGGUGGUGAUAGCCAUGUCUAGCUGUGUCGUUCUGGUUCUUGUGUUGAUUUUGUUCAUCCAACAAUGCAAAGGAAAGCUUCACAUGUGUUCGCAUACUAAGGCAAGCCAACAGACACCUUCGUCAAAACAGGAAAUCCUGUUACACCCCGAAAGUCCCCUCACGGAAAAAUCCGUUAUACUUUCAACAAAAUUGUCGGGAAAAGACUCUUCCGAAGACGUUCUGGAUUCCGGAUUCCAAAGCAAGUCAGCCUGUCAGUGUUCGAUAUUGUAUAACGCGUACAAUGGGGACGACAUGGACUCUGUCUACGACGAAAAAUGGGGUGCCUUCUCUAUUCCAAAACCUGUUACGUAUGAGCUGGGGCAAAACGACAAAUCCGAAAACAGCCAAAGAAAGGGUUCUAAUCCGAGGAAAAAGGACAAGGUGACUGGGCCGGUACAUGCAAUACCUCAUUCGAUGCCUUCUAAUUUGUACUUCAGUCCACCGGAGGAUCAGAGUUUGGCUUUAUCAGAGGAAAUGUUCAGAAUUAACGGCGCAUAUAUGAAAAGCAUUAAAGUGGAACCAAUCCAACAACUUCCGACAAUCAGGCCAGAUGAUAUGGUUAGGUCGUGCCAGGUGUGUCAAAGAAAUCAUGCAAAGGAACGCUUUCCAGAUCCAGGACAUGCACCUCCUUCGACUUUUGACAUACUAAGCCUAGGAGGCAAAAGCGUAUAGUGAGAAUCAUUCUAGUGUCAAAUAUCUCCAACGAGAGAAAACAAUAAACCCAUUAUCUCGCAGUGUAUACUCAAACGAUGUAUCCUCUUAUUGGGAAGAGAUACAGGAAAUCUCUGUGUGUGGAAAGUAACAUCACUGGAUCGACUUACGACUAAAGCAAUAUGUGCGUAUAACUAUACGUGUAUUGUUGUCAAUAAACAUUCGGUUUUAUAUCCAAUUCAGACAGUCAGCAUAUGUAUAGCUUUAAAUAUCUCGUGUACAAUAUACAUAUUUUAUGACCGAUAAAAAUGUCUGAUGUUAUCCGAUAACAUGAUGGCAUUUAUUGAUAUACAAUCAUACAAAAUAACAAAAUUCAAAGACAGUGUUACACUGUCGAGAUGAGAUAUGCGAAUAUGAACGCAUUUAUGUAUAUAUAUACAUUGCUAUCUGGGUAUUCAUCUCAUCUAAUAGACAACUUGUCACUAUGAUCAUGUAAGGAUAUUGGGCCGACCAUCUGAACCGUUUUCUGUUUAAACUGCGGGUAUAUCUCGUUUUGCAAAUAGGCGCCGUAGAUCGUAAGCUCGAGGCCUGGUCAUGGUUUCUUCCUUCGUCAUUUGUGUUACUAUGGUUACAUAUAUUGCUGAUCCUUCACUGGUGUCAUAUUCAUCAGCAUGAUCUUCUUUCUUUUUUUUUUCUUGUCACAAGACACCUCGAAAUAUUGACAAACUACAGUUAACUGCUACGAUGUGGUAAACUGCUAAUAUUAUGAUCAUUUAAUUUGUUACAUCACAAUAAAACUUUUUAAGUGAAAUAAAUUGAUAUAACUAAUCACU